CGGGGCACUGGAACUGGGAGGUGUGAAAUACAAAGUUGUGUUUCGUGUCAGGGAAAUAAAAAGAAUCUGUGUAAUUGUAAUUGUAGAACACGGCCAUGGGACAGUUAUAAAGAUGAGUUCCAAUAAACAACCGAGGAAAGUGUGGAAGGAGGUUUUUGAACAAACUUUGCUUGCAAUUACCUAUUACAAGUCUCAGGCUAUUGUGUAAUAAGUGUCUUUGAAUUAUAACUUUAGAAGCUUGUUUCGUAUUAAAGAAUUUUAAACUGUAGUUUUAGAAUGUAAAAAGGCUUUCUCACAGACUGGUAGAAAAAACAUCCUGGAUAUGGAAGAAAGAUUUCAGCUCACUGAUCUAUGGUUCCUGAAAAAGGAAAACUGAACAUCGCUAGCAAAGACUGAUAGACCUGGAAAACAGAAACUGGACCCCACAUCUGGAAGCUGGACCCCACCACUGGGGAUACAGAUCCUGGAUAUACAUCCUGGAAUAUUGAAAUUUAAAUAGACCACAAUAGGUAUUGAAUAAUGACGUUAAAAAUUGGAAAUAGAAACUGCUGAGAAAAGCUUAUGAAUAUAGCAAAUAAAACCCCAGCAAGUCCAGCAAUGGGUGUGCAGUCAGAGGGAAAAUCCUUCCACGGUACCCAGUGCUGUCUGUGCUCACACUUUACCAUGCUAAUUAAUCAAUUAUUAAAUUGAAUUGCUGCUUGACAUAUUGGCUGUGUCAGUGUCUCAUUUCUAACAGAGGGACACUGGGAAUGGGUGUGGGGACACCGGGGACAGGGGAGAUACCAAACACUGGUGCAGGGACACACUGGGAAUGAUGGGGCUGCACUGGGGAUGGGGAUCCACUGGGGACAGGAGGGACAUUGGGGACCCCGGGAAUGGGUGGGGGCCACACUGGGAAUGGCUUUUGGGGACACUGGGAAUGGGAGGACAUAUAGGGUCACCAUUCCUCCCUCUUCCCACAGAUCUGGGACACAGUCCCUGCCUCCUGUCCCCAGAACCCUCUGGGGCUCCUUCCUGGACUUUGCCCCUUGCCCCUUGGCAACGUGACCAGAGGAAAAUUCCAUCCUGGGGAGGGGAGAGAGAGGAGCCAGCAGAGCCUGAUCCCAGGAAAAGCUUCUCUGGGGAGCACCCAGUUCUGGGAUCACCUGGUGCCAGGAUCACCUCAUCCCAGGAGAACCUGGUGCUGGCAGCACUGAUCCUGGAAAAUUCCAGCUGGCAGAGGUGAGAGGAGCUGGGAGCACCUGAGUCUAGAGAGCCUGAUCCCUGGAGAAACCCAUCCUGGGAACACCUAAUUUUGUCAUCAUCUUCUCCCAGAAUUACCUCAUUCCAGAAUAACAUAAUCCUGGGAUCACUUUAUCCCAGGAGAAUUUCAUCCUGAGAGAACCUUAUCCCAGGAGCGCCUCAUUCCAGGGAGAAGCUCACCCUGAGAUCACCUUAUCUCAGGAGAACCUUGCCCCAGGAUCCCUUUAUCCCAGGAUUAACUCCUUCCAGGAGAAGCUCAUCCUGGGAUUCCCCAUCCUGUUGCCUUCUGCCAAUCCCAGGCCCAGGGUCCCUCCCAGUGCCCUUCCGGCUCUCCCCGUGUUCUCCUGCCAUGGCUGAGGCCUCUGGGAUUUGGGACAGCAUCCCAUUGGAUGAUCCCGGCCUGGACAUCGCCGCCGGGGAAGAAUUCCUGCAGGAAGUGUUCCAGAUCCUGCUGGAGGAGGGCGUGCAGAAGAGCACGGACGUGACACAGAAGGUGUGUGUGUGGAAGGAGCCCCAGGAGCUGCGGGAGCUGCUGGAUCUGGAGCUGCGCAGCGAUGGGGAGGGGCAGGAGCGGCUCCUGCAGCGCUGCCGGGACGUGCUGCGCCUCAGCGUCCGCACGGGUCACCCCCGGUUCUUCAACCAGCUUUUCUCGGGGCUGGACCACCACGCCCUGGCCGGGCGGUUCCUCACCGAGACCCUCAACACGAGCCCGUACACAUACGAGGUGGCCCCAGUGCUGGUGCUGAUGGAGGAGCAGGUCCUGGCCAAACUCCGGGAGCUUGUGGGAUGGAGCAGCGGCGACGGGAUCUUCGCUCCUGGGGGCUCUAUGUCCAACAUGUUGGCUAUGAACGUGGCGCGAUUCCGGCGUUUCCCGGAGAGCCGGAGCAGAGGGAACUGGGACCUGCCUCGCCUGGGCCUGUUUGCAUCCCAGGAGAGCCAUUAUUCCAUCCUAAAAGGAGCUGCUCUCCUGGGAAUCGGCACGGACAACGUUCACCUGGUGCGGACAGAUGAGAGGGGGAAGAUGAUUCCGGAAGAGCUGGAGAAGGAGAUCCUGAGGGUGAAAGCUGAGGGCUCAGAGCCCCUCUUUGUGUGUGCCACGAGUGGCACCACUGUCCUGGGCGCCUUCGACCCGCUGGACGCCAUUGCCGACAUCUGUGCCCGUCACGGGCUGUGGCUGCACGUGGAUGCAGCGUGGGGGGGCAGCGCCCUCCUGUCCCCUCAACUCCGUCACCUCCUUGCCGGCAUCCACAGAGCUGACUCGGUGACCUGGAACCCUCACAAGCUGUUGAUGGUGGGGUUGCAGUGCUCGGCAUUCCUGCUCCGCGACAGCUCCGGGCUCCUGCAGCGCUGCCACGGUGUGGGGGCCUCCUACCUGUUCCAGCGGGACAAGUUUUAUGACGUGUCCCUGGACACGGGGGACAAGAGCCCCCAGUGCGGCCGCCGCGCCGACGGCCUCAAGCUCUGGAUCCUCUGGAAAGCCGUGGGAACGCGGGGGCUGGCACGGCGUGUGGAGAGGGCGUUCGCUGCCACUCGGUAUCUGUUGGAGCAGGUGAAGAGGAGGGAGGGAUUCCAGCUGGUGAUGGAGCCAGAAUUUAUCAACCUCUGCUUCUGGUUCAUCCCGCCCAGCCUGCGGGGCCAGGAGAGCUCCCCAGAAUUCUGGGACAAACUGGGAAAGGUGGCCCCAGCCAUCAAGGAAAAGAUGAUCCGGAGGGGCUCCAUGAUGGUGGGAUACCAACCCCAUGGAUCCCAGGUCAACUUCUUCCGGCAGAUUAUCACCAAUCCUGCUGUCACCCGCCAGGACCUGGACUUCUUCCUGGAUGAGAUCCAGGAAUUGGGAUGGGAUCUGUGAGCACUCCCAAAACCCCUAUGAAAGACCCCAAACCCUGCCCCCCAUCCACAGGGAAGGAGAGCAGAGCCUUGAUUUCCUCCCCACAUCCCAAAAUUGUAAAUGACCCAAAAUUCCACACUUACAGAAUAAAAUUGCAUUUAAAGGUCCUGAUCUGAUAAUAAUUUGAUAUAACCCCACCCCUCAAAAUGGAGUUUGGGGUAUAGGGGGUCCUUCAGUUCCCCUGGAAGUUCCAGAGGAGGUUGUAGAUUGUGGGAUCAGGAUGUAGCAGUCUUGUGACUCUCCUGAUAUUCCCAUGACUUCUUGAAGCUCCACAGG